CUUGCGCAAGUCCUGGGACGGCGGCUGAGCCAGACCAAACCUAUGCAGAAAUAGUAGUGGGGGGGGCGGAGAAUGUUCCAGAUUCAAUACUGCCGGCUGGAAAGCUCAUCUUUAUGGUUUCCGUUGUGGUUUCGCCCGGGAUGGGCGGGGUUUCCGCUUCCGGUGGGAUUGUCCCUAGCCGCAGAGAUGGCGGCGAUACCUGCGGCCUCUGGUACUGGAGAGCCUCAGGAAGAGGCUGAAGCGUUGGGCCCUGCCUGGGACGAAUCCCAACUGCGCAGUUAUAGCUUCCAAACACGCCCCAUCCCGCGUCUGAGCCAGAGCGACCCUCGGGCGGAGGAGCUCAUCGAGAAUGAGGAGCCUGUGGUGCUAACCGACACAAAUCUUGUGUAUCCUGCCCUGAAAUGGGACCUUGAAUACCUUCAAGAGAAUAUUGGGAACGGAGACUUCUCUGUGUACAGUGCCAGCACCCACAAGUUUUUGUACUAUGAUGAGAAGAAAAUGGCUAAUUUCCAGAACUUUAAGCCGAGGUCCAACAGGGAGGAAAUGAAAUUCCAUGAGUUUGUCGAAAAACUGCAGGAUAUACAGCAGCAAGGAGGGGAAGAGAGGUUGUAUCUACAGCAAACUCUCAAUGACACUGUGGGCAGGAAAAUUGUCGUGGACUUCUUGGGUUUUAACUGGAACUGGAUUAAUAAGCAGCAGGGGAAGCGUGGCUGGGGACAGCUGACCUCUAACCUGCUGCUCAUUGGCAUGGAAGGAAAUGUGACACCUGCUCACUAUGAUGAACAACAGAACUUCUUUGCUCAGAUAAAAGGCCAUAAGCGAUGCAUCUUAUUCCCGCCAGAUCAGUUUGAGUGCCUCUACCCAUACCCUGUCCAUCACCCAUGUGACAGACAGAGCCAGGUGGACUUUGACAAUCCUGACUACGAGAGAUUCCCCAAUUUCCAAAACGUGGUUGGUUAUGAAACAGUGGUUGGCCCCGGUGAUGUUCUUUACAUCCCAAUGUACUGGUGGCAUCACAUAGAGUCCUUACUAAAUGGGGGGAUAACCAUCACUGUGAACUUCUGGUAUAAGGGGGCUCCUACCCCUAAGAGAAUUGAAUAUCCUCUCAAAGCCCAUCAGAAAGUGGCCAUCAUGAGAAACAUUGAGAAGAUGCUUGGAGAGGCCUUAGGAAGCCCACAAGAGACUGCAGCACGGAGUUCUACAGAUGGCCAUUUCCCCGGGAACUCGGUGCGAGGGAGGCUCCAGGUGUCCUCCCAGGUGGACGGUACGUGGUGGCCUUGAGAGCCACACGUGAGGAGCUGCCUGGCGGCAAGGCCCUGGGGAAGCAGCACCGAAGGGACCCGGAGACCACACGUCAGCCAGGACUCGUCCAGGGAGAUGAGGAAGGCGUCUCGGAGUGCAGGGCAGGAGCCCAGAGCACAGGGAGCCUCUGUGGAUCGUGACGCCCUGAGGGCUCCCUGAGGUCCCUGGCGGACUGUGAGGCUCCCACCCAGGGCAGUGUGCAGGACUCUCCGUCUGCCCUGGGCUCGACAGUGCUCUAGGAACUCCGUGUGGAAAAGGCGAACCUUGAGUUUUCCUGGCUUGGCAUGGAAUGUUUGACCCUAAAGAUGGGCCUGCGAGAGAUGGGUGGCAGAUGGAAUGGGGUCUCAGAGAUAAGAGAGCUGCUGUUCAAUCAACGAUUCUCAAACAUUCUUACCCUGACCCGCAGCCAGAAAUACACAUUGUAUGGUGACCCAGCACGCGCGCACGCAUGCACACACACACACACACACACACACACCUGAAAUUAAAGUUGUAUUAAGCAGUACCUACACUUAAGCAUGUACUGCAUUCUGCUAUUUUAUUCUCUAUUUUGUUCUAUUUCAUUAAAUUGAUGUCAUGACCUGCUAAUGGAUUGCAACUUGUACUUUUAGAAACAUUGGUCUAAUAGAUGAUGACUUGUCCUUGAAGAUGUUGUUCAUGAAUGAUGAAAUUCAGAUGAGUGAUGCCCAAAGCUGAACGGCCUGAUUAUGUACUUUAAAUGCUUUUAGCAGAUCCAGAAUCUGAUUUUCUGUCAUCUCUAAACAUUGAAGUUGGAGAUAGUCGAAACAGUAACAACAUGAAGAAUAGCUCUAGCACUUACUAAGAACCCAGUUGGUACAGAACUGGACUAGGCACUUAAUUGGGAUGAAAAUCUAAAUAACAAACACUGCCCUUCCUGGGGUUCAUAAUCUGAGCUUCAUACCUGCUGGCUAACUCCUCCCCGUUCCUCCUCUGCCACCGUCCUAGGCUCUGACCCCUACUGUCCUACUCUCCACUGCCGUGUGGGUCCACGGCUUCAGAUUCCACAUGUGGGUGAGGCCAUGAGGGGCUGUCUUCUGUGUCUGGCUUAGCUCCCUUCACCACGUCCUCCAGGUUCUUCCGUAUUGUUGCUAGGGACAGGAUUUCCUUCUCUUCCAUAGCCAAACAAUAUUUAGCUGUGUACAUCAACUUUUCUUUAUCCAAAUGUCUGUUGCUGGAUUA